CCUGCGCCGCCCCCGCGGCGGCCCGGGGGCGGCGGCCGGGAGGGCCGGUCCGGGGGUACCGGGGCCCGCUCCCAUGGGCAGCACCCCCAAGCCCCGGCCCUGGAGGAACCGGCGGGCUGACUCCUCCUCUGCCGCCGUCCGGGGGCGGGGCCAGCACGCCCGUUCCUCCGGGGCAGGGUGUGCAGCGCCGAGCACCGCUGCCGGAGCCGGGAGGCGCCCGUGCUUUCGGAAGGAGGCCGCCCUGCACGCCCGCCCGGCUUUCCACCCCAAAGUGGCCAGUGCCUGCCAGGAGCAGCGGACGGGCACCGUGGGGUUCAAGAUCUCCAAGAUCAUCGUGGUGGGAGACCUCUCGGUGGGGAAGACCUGCCUCAUCAACCGCUUUUGCAAGGACACCUUCGACAAGAACUACAAGGCCACCAUCGGGGUGGAUUUCGAGAUGGAGCGGUUCGAGGUGCUGGGCGUCCCCUUCAGCCUGCAGCUGUGGGACACGGCCGGCCAGGAGCGCUUCAAGUGCAUCGCCUCCACCUACUACCGGGGCGCGCAAGCCAUCGUCAUCGUCUUCGACGUCAACGACGUGGCCUCGCUGGAGCACACGCGGCAGUGGCUUGCUGACGCCCUCAAGGAGAACGACCCGUCCAACGUCAUCCUCUUCUUGGUGGGCUCCAAGAAGGACCUGAGUACGCCGGCACAGUACAGCCUCAUGGAGAAGGACGCCCUCAAGGUGGCCCAGGAGAUGCAGGCGGAGUAUUGGGCCGUCUCCUCCCUCACCGGGGAGAACGUGCGGGACUUCUUCUUCCGGGUGGCGGCGCUGACCUUCGAGAGCAGCGUGCUGGCCGAGCUGGAGCGCACCGGCGCCCGCAAGAUCGGCGACACCGUGCGCAUCGGCGGCCCCGAGAGCGACCUGUACCUGACGGCGCCGCGCAAGAAGCCCAAGUGCUGCCAGUGAGGAGCCGCCCCGCGGCCCGUGGCACCCGGAUCUCUCUACCAAAGAGCCGCGGCACCGUCGUCGCGGCCCGGCCGGCGCCUCCUGCCCCGACGGGACGUCCCUUCCGCGCUCCUGCCUCCGCCACCCCGGCGAAUCGGCUCCCUCCCGGCUCCGGGCAAGCCGGGAGGGCUCCAGCGGAUGCCUCCUGAGAUGCCUCCUUGCUCCGGCUCGGCCGCCUCCAGCCGGGGCGCCCCGGCGGUGCCGGGCGGCUUCCUUAGCUAUGCAACUCCACGAAUCCUUAGCAGAAGCUCCAAUCUUUCAUAAUAAAAUGUUUUUUGUACACUUUUUAAAA